GCGGAAGCGGUUUUACACCAUGGAGCGGAACUAUGGGGAGGGGGAGACCAUGGUUCAGUAUCUCCAGAGGGUGGAUGAGAAUGUGAGGGCUUUGGAGGAGCUGGAUUACACGGUAGAUGAGAAGGAGAUCAUCUAUACUGCACUCCAAGGGUUGGAUCAAGCCGCUAAUGAGGCAUUACUACAGUACCUUCACCUCGAGCAACAGAAAUGGACCAAGGUGUGGAUUUGGGAGGUUCUAAUUUCUGAUGAGGCUCGCAAAGUUGAUGCUGGAAGAGGCCUAGAAGGAGGCAUGGGUGCAGCAGAUAAAGCUUUCUUCAGGAAAGGCUAUCAACAGCAAGGAGGUGGGGGGAAGAAGAAAGAGUUGGACGAAUGCCGUGUGCCCGGAUGCAACAAAAAACACUCUUGGAAGAGUUGCUGGAGUAGGCCUGAGGGAUGGAAGCCUCACGGCUACUCUGGAGAGGUCCCACCAGUGACCAAACCUGAUUGGGUGGAGAAAAGGAUGAAGAAGGGGCUCUGGAAUAAGAAGGGCAGCAAGGGAGCAACGGCCGCAACUGCUAAGGAUGAGAAGGGGAAGGGCCAAGACAACUCCUCCGAUGAUGGUUUCUCGUUUCUCAUGCUAGGGCAGGAUGCAGCUCUCGCUGCUUGUGCACACGGAUGUGUGUGGAUCGAUGCAAACUCCUGACCGGGAAAAGGGCAGCAGGUACUUUGUCACCUUUCUUGAUGACUUCAGUCAACUUAGCUGGGUCAUCUUGGGGAAGACCAAGGAUGAGAUGGCAAAGGUGUUUAAGCGGUGGAUACGCUGUGUGGAGAGGGAGUCAGGGGCCAAGGUAAAGGUGUUAAGGUCCGAUCGGGGUGGAGAGUACCUUGGGAAAGAACUUCAAAUCUUCUUGGAAGAAAAGGGUAUUUCCCACCAGCUCUCUGUACCUUACAUGCCGCAGCAAAAUGGGGCAGCGGAGCGGCUUAACAAGACCUU